AUGCCCGAGCCGGCCAAGUCCGCCCCCGCGCCCAAGAAGGGCUCUAAGAAGGCGGUGACCAAGACGCAGAAGAAGGGCGACAAGAAGCGCAAGAAGAGCCGCAAGGAGAGCUACUCGAUCUACGUGUACAAGGUGCUGAAGCAGGUGCACCCCGACACGGGCAUCUCGUCCAAGGCCAUGGGCAUCAUGAACUCCUUUGUCAACGACAUCUUCGAGCGCAUCGCCGGCGAGGCCUCGCGCCUGGCGCACUACAACAAGCGCUCCACCAUCACCUCGCGGGAGAUCCAGACGGCCGUGCGGCUCCGGCUGCCUUGCGAGCCGGCCUAA